AAGUGUCCUCGGGCAGUCCAAAGACAUUUCUAUUGUUUUUCCCUCCUUUUCUUCCGGCAAAAAAAUUACAUAAUUAACAAUAAAAGCGUUAUCAUUGUUUAGUGAGUGCAGUAAAAUAUCAGGUGACAGGAUAUGGCAUCAUUAGCAGGGAAAUUAGCUUUUGUAACAGGUGCCGGAAGUGGCAUUGGGAGGGCAACCUGUAGGAUUCUGGCUCGCGAUGGAGCUACAAUUAUUGCAGCAGAUCGGAAUCUAGAUACAGCAGAAGAGACAGUGAAGCUCCUGGAGAGCCCUUCGCAUUCUUCUGUUAAGAUUGAAGUGGGCAAUUCGGCGAGUAUUCGGGACGCUCUGGCCUUCUGUCUGGAGAAGUACAAGAGUACCCCAUCGGUUGUCGUCAACUCUGCGGGAAUCACUAGGGACAGUUUUAUCCUGAAGAUGCCAGAGGAAGACUUCGACGCUGUGAUCAAUGUCAAUCUCAAGGGUUCCUUCACAGUCAUGCAGACCUUUGCCAGGUCUAUGGUGGAACAGAAGGUUUCCGGGUCCAUUAUCAAUCUAUCGAGCGUUGUGGCUAAGUUCGGGAACCUGGGACAAGCUAAUUACUCAGCCAGCAAAGCAGGAGUCGAGGCGAUGACGAGAGUAGCUGCCAAAGAAUUUGGGAAAUUCAACAUCAGGGUUAAUGCCAUCUUGCCGGGAUUUAUAAAUACUCCGAUGACUGGAACUGUUCCGGACAAGGUAAAAAACAUGAUCAUCCAGCAAACAGCGCUGAAGAGAUUCGGAGAGCCUGAAGAAAUCGCGGAAGUUAUCGCGUUCCUUGCAUCUGAUAAGAGUUCUUAUGUCACUGGAGCCUCAAUUGAUGUUAUUGGAGGGUAAGUUUUUCUUCUUCAUUGCAAUUCAAUCUUUUUUUUUUGUCAAUAACACGGGUAAAUAAGCAGCAUUUAAAAGUGGAUUUAUACAACAUAAAAUAAAAGGUCGUUGUUAAAAUUUUUGUAUAUAAAAAGAAAUAUAAAUAAAGUGAAGCAAAGCAUUUGGUUUUUCAAGUA